GCCUGACCUGCGCACUGAAUAGCUAGCUAUUCCUCCCACUAGUAUUAGUAACAAUACUCAGCAGCAAACGUGCUAAUGUAAAUGUUAUGCAACGAAGUCGUUCGAAACGCAAGGGUAAGUACAAUUCAAGUUUGGUUUUAGAUGGACCGUGGGCAUAGCAUACUCGCCUAGUACAGGGCAGGGGCUAACGGUAGCCUAGCCAAUACCCCGGCUAUCGUAGUUGGCUAGCUAGUUAGCCAGUGAUCUGUUUGUUUCGCUAGCCAGAAACCAAACAUUCGCCCGGUUAAUCAGCUUGCUAGCUAACAGGUCUAUUGUUUACCCAAUAAACUAGGAAACGCUACCUAGCCAGCUAAAGUAUUCUCUUAGUUAACUAAACCAGCUAGCUAACUAGUUGAAAUCGGACCAGCAUCAUUACAUUAUGCAAUUCAGUACCGUUACUACGUGGCAGUGCUAGUGUGACCAAAUUUCACCAUUGGGUUUUUGACGCGUUAGUAUCGAUGUCAUUAGUAAUAAUUACCACUUAGUUUGUAUCUAACGUGUUUUAUUUUAUUUUGUCAAGACCAUGAGCAGAUGGAGAAAUAAUGGUGAGGCUCUGAAGCCAACACCCCCGGUAUCCAGUUUCCCCUUUGAAUGAUUUUCAUCCAGUGAACUAGGACAGUCCACGUCAUGGGAAGGUAGGCUCGACCGACUGAGUAGAGCUACAUUUGGCAACAUAUUUUGCUCUACCCUUUAAUUAUAAUGCUGUGGUCGUCAGUCAUGCAAUGCCGCUAUUAUAUAGACAGUGUAUUUAACCAUACAUACUGAGGUCUCACUUGUCCAUACAGGAUCAGCUUCUCGUGCCUCCCAGCCUCGUGGCACUUCAGCCUGUCACCCCUGGUUCUUCCCCGUCUCCUGCUACCUUCAUUCAGGCAGCUGCUCUUAUUUAGUCUGCUGGUGGGAUUGCUCGGACUGCUUUACCUGUUGCUGGUAACAGGAAAGGGCCAGGACAGCUGGAUCAGAAAGGACAACUACUUCCACAGGCGAGUCACUAGUAGUGGCACAUUAGAAGAUGUCAUUACGUAUUCCUGUAAAGACAAGGAAGAAAAUGUUUGGCUGAAUUUGGCAUAAAAUUGUCAUCUUUUCAUUCACCUCUGAUCACCAGACACUUGGCGAGAGUCACAGAUGUGGAGGCCACCGACACCAGCAAUCCCAACCUGAACUACGGUUUGGUGGUAGACUGCGGUAGCAGUGGCUCCAGGGUGUUUGUGUACUGUUGGCCCCAGCACAAUGGUAAUCCCCAUGAUCUGCUUGACAUACGACAGAUGAGAGACCAGCACAGGAAACCAGUGGUCAUGAAGAUCAAACCAGGUGAGACAUACCUGGUUGCAUACCUGGCUUCUAGUUUAAAGCACUCAUCCAUUCCCCCAAGAAAGACUGAGCCAUGGUCUUAUUACUUUGUGAUGUUAUUUUUUGUAGGCAUCUCAGAGCUAGCAAAAACACCAGAGAAGGCCAGUGAUUACAUCCACCCCCUGCUGAGCUUUGCUGCCCAGCACAUCCCCAAACACAAGCACCAGGAGACCCCUCUGUACAUCCUGUGCACAGCUGGAAUGAGGGUGCUGCCUGACAGGUACACCCCAACUGAGAGUAUUUCUCAUCUUGAGAUGGAAGCUUGCAAGUGUUGUUUUUAUUUUAUUUUAUUACCGCUGUGACCUCCAUGCUAAAAUUGGCUUGUAUACUCCUUUUCAGUCAACAGGAAGCACUUCUGGAGGAUCUACGGACCGAUAUCCCUGUCCAUUUCAACUUCCUCUUUUCUGAUUCCCAUGUGGAGGUCAUUUCUGGCAAGCAGGAAGGUGAGCUAACCUGUUUAGAGUAGCAGGCAAGCUAAACACUGGCCAUUCUGAUGGAGGAUGUCACCAUCUGUGUUGAAAAUGUGUAACACAACAGUAAAAAUACUGGAAUAUAUGAAUAGUCCUUUCUUGUUUUUGGACAGGUGUGUAUGCAUGGAUUGGAAUCAACUUUGUCCUUGGAAGGUUUAAUCACGUGGCUAGUGGUAAGUAUUUAAAUAAAUGUACUUAAGAGAUCUGCAUAUCUUCACAUUGAAUACUUUAAUUCCCUCAUUCCCUUAUUUUACUUACCUCUGACACUUCUCUUUAUUUGUCUCCCUUUCCAUUCCCUUCUUCAAUGGGACCCUUGGAUCCUUCCCCUAUCCUUCCUAUAGAGAGAGAUGCAGUAGUAGAGGUGCAGGUACCUGGAGGUGACCAGCAGGAGGCGCUGGUGAGGAAAAGGACAGCUGGUGUUCUGGACAUGGGGGGUGUCUCCACUCAGAUAGCGUAUGAAGUGCCCAAAACUGUAAGCUUUGCUUCUCCACAACAGGUUAUUAUCAACAACAAUUUCCCUUUUUUGUGCUCUUUUUUUUAAUUUGUCACUCACACAUUUUCUCUCCCCCCCCCACCACCACCACUCUCAUUCCCUGGUUAAACCUGUAAACAUCAUGUUUGUCCUCUGGAGAUGAAGUCCUCUCCAUUCAGGGUGGACUAUUGGAGGUCUGCUCUAAAGAUAAGCCUGCUGCAUUGCUUCAUAGCAGAAUGUGUUAGUUCAAACUUUAAUUAAAAGGUAGACUCAGCGAUAUAACUUAGAUGCAGACUGUAAACCGCAUAGUGGGUCAAUUUCCGCAACAGCUAAGAGCGUUGAUGUGCAAGAAUCAACUUCUUCGCUGUUUUGGUCCCCUGGCUACCAUGCUGUAACAGCGUGAAGCGAACCCAUGUGCAGAUACUGUGUCUGUAGCUAGGUUUCCAUCCAAUUGGCAACAGAUUUUCAUGCGGAUAUUCUAAAAUAUGCAUUUUCCCACCAGAUUCCAUCAACUUGACUUGUUGUGGAUAAAAGGCUGUGCGUGAUGUCGUAGUGCACAUAAAAAUACAAUUUGCGGUUAAAUAAAUACUCAUUAAAUGGGUUUCCAUCGCAUUUAACUCUACUAAUUGUUUUCUCACAAAAAAAUGUUGCGUUAUAUAGCGAGUGCGCCCACAACAGCUCGCAGAUACAGUGUGGGUAUAGCCUACAUGAUGAGAUUAUUAUGAACAAAAUAGAUGAUCAUGUCACCUGAAUAAGAUCCUCGAUAUUUAUUGGAAAGGAGUAUCAAGCUCAUCACCUUGCACCUUCACCACCCUGUGAAGUUAAACUUAUUUCAUCUGUAGCCUAACAAACUGCAUGCUUCCCCGACGAGUCGUAGUAGGAGGACCACACAUGUCAUCGCGUGACUUUACUUUACUUCAAUAUGAUGGUUAUUAUGUCAAUAUUUGUGUGCAGGUGUUUCCACCGGCAUUUCUUGCAUAAUUUUACCGACACAAAAAGAUCCCACCUUUUUUUCUAGGGUAUUUUGUUUUGUCGACAUUUGCAAAGUUUCCAUCAGGCAUGUUAUGACUUUUUUUAUCCAACAUGUACUUUACUUGCAUAAAAAGGUUGGAUGGAAACCUGGUUACUGUGUGAGAGAAAAGUCUUGCAUCUCGCUCAUCUCAAUAUCUGCGGUGCUGCUCGUGGCAACGUCAUUUCGCUGAGUCUACUUUUAAGAUCACAGAUAAUGCAUGAGACAUCAUGCAAAAUAUCCAUGACCAGAUAGAUAUUCAUUCAUAAUAUGUUAAUCUAAAGCAGUCCAAGUCCAUCAGAUUUUCAGUCCUGCUCAAUUAUUUUUGCCAGUUCACAAAAAUGUCUGGUUUUUAAUUUACUCUGACAAUUUGCAUGCUCUCUUACUCUACUCAUUGUUUGUGCUCUCCACUGAACAUAAUUCACCUGCAGCUUUUUCUAAAUUAACUUGAUAUAACUGUCAUCUUGAUCGAAGUUUCUUUAAGUAAAUGGUUGUUAUACAUGUAGCCUUUCUAUUAUCAAUGAAUAUGUUGGAUAUUAGUGUAGACAUAGUCCUAGAUAAUAAAGAGAAUAUCAUUUCCUGGCUGAUAUUAUUUUUUUAUAGGAGGAAGUGGCCAAGAACUUACUUGCAGAGUUCAACCUGGGUUGCGAUGCCCACCGGACAGAGCAUGUCUACCGGGUGUAUGUGUCCACCUUCCUGGGCUUUGGAGGCAAUGCUGCUCGACAAAGAUACGAGGAGAGCAUUGUCAGGAACACUCUCACUAAAAACAAGUAAGAACCUUCAACACAAAUGCUAUGAUAGCUAAUGAUGAUACUGAUAGUUUACUAGUUUGACAUUGCUCAGUGCUGUCUUUGCUUGUCAUUAUGGAGAGCUCAUUUGAGUUGGUUUGUCCAGGCUCCUGGGUCAGCAUGUAGGUGAAACAGCAGAGUCCCCCCUCCUGGACCCGUGUCUACCCACAGACCUGCAGGACGAGGUGGGGCCAGCCACACAGAAAUUCCACCUGCGUGGCACAGGGGACUUUGAUCACUGCAGACAGCUGCUUCAGCCCUUCCUCAACCGCACCAACGAGACUCAUGCCUCCCUCAAUGGCAUCUACCAGCCUCCCAUCGACUACCCCAACAGCCAGUUCUAUGGGUUCUCUGAGUUCUACUACUGCACAGAGGAUGUGUUGCGCAUGGGCGGUGAUUUUAACUCCUCAAAGUAUUCAAUUGCUGCCAAGGUGAGCCAUUACCACAGCAAAGCAGCACUUCUUCAAUGUACAGUGGGGGAAAAAAGUAUUUAGUCAGCCACCAAUUGUGCAAGUUCUCCCACUUAAAAAGAUGAGAGGCCUGUAAUUUUCAUCAUAGGUACACGUCAACUAUGACAGACAAAUUUGAGAGAAAAAAUCCAGAAAAUCACAUUGUAGGAUUUUUAAUGAAUUUAUUUGCAAAUUAUGGUGGAAAAUAAGUAUUUGGUCAAUAACAAAAGUUUCUCAAUACUUUGUUAUAUACCCUUUGUUGGCAAUGACACAGGUCAAACGUUUUCUGUAAGUCUUCACAAGGUUUUCACACACUGUUGCUGGUAUUUUGGCCCAUUCCUCCAUGCAGAUCUCCUCUAGAGCAGUGAUGUUUUGGGGCUGUCACUGGGCAACACGGACUUUCAACUCCCUCCAAAGAUUUUCUAUGGGGUUGAGAUCUGGAGACUGGCUAGGCCACUCCAGGACCUUGAAAUGCUUCUUACGAAGCCACUCCUUCGUUGCCCGGGCGGUGUGUUUGGGAUCAUUGUCAUGCUGAAAGACCCAGCCACGUUUCAUCUUCAAUGCCCCUGCUGAUGGAAGGAGGUUUUCACUCAAAAUCUCACGAUACAUGGCCCCAUUCAUUCUUUCCUUUACACGGAUCAGUCGAUCUGGUCCCUUUGCAGAAAAACAGCCCCAAAGUAUGAUGUUUCCACCCCCAUGCUUCACAGUAGGUAUGGUGUUCUUUGGAUGCAACUCAGCAUUCUUUGUCCUCCAAACACGACGAGUUGAGUUUUUACCAAAAAAGUUAUAUUUUGGUUUCAUCUGACCAUAUGACAUUCUCCCAUCCUCUUCUGGAUCAUCCAAAUGCACUCUAGCAAACUUCAGACGGGCCUGGACAUGUACUGGCUUAAGCAGGGGGACACGUCUGGCACUGCAGGAUUUGAGUCCCUGGCGGCGUAGUUUGUUACUGAUGGUAGGCUUUGUUACUUUGGUCCCAGCUCUCUGCAGGUCAUUCACUAGGUCCCCCCGUGUGGUUCUGGGAUUUUUGCUCACCGUUCUUGUGAUCAUUUUGACCCCACAGGGUGAGAUCUUGCGUGGAGCCCCAGAUCGAGGGAGAUUAUCAGUGGUCUUGUAUGUCUUCCAUUUCCUAAUAAUUGCUCCCACAGUUGAUUUCUUCAAACCAAGCUGCUUACCUAUUGCAGAUUCAGUCUUCCCAGCCUGGUGCAGGUCUACAAUUUUGUUUCUGGUGUCCUUUGACAGCUCUUUGGUCUUGGCCAUAGUGGAGUGUGACUGUUUGAGGUUGUGGACAGGUGUCUUUUAUACUGAUAACAAGUUCAAACAGGUGCCAUUAAUACAGGUAACGAGUGGAGGACAGAGGAGCCUCUUAAAGAAGAAGUUACAGGUCUGUGAGAGCCAGAAAUCUUGCUUGUUUGUAGGUGACCAAAUACUUAUUUUCCACCAUAAUUUGCAAAUACAUUUAUUAAAAAUCCUACAAUGUGAUUUUCUGGAUUUAUUUUCUCAAUUUGUCUGUCAUAGUUGACGUGUACCUAUGAUGAAAAUGACAGGCCUCUCUCAUCUUUUUAAGUGGGAGAACUUGCACAAUUGGUGGCUGACUAAAUACUUUUUUCCCCCACUGUAGAUGGCACUCCUAACUGCAUGGAAAUGCAUGUAUUUCACCAUAGCUUAGGCUAACUGCAGUAAGAUGGUGGCUGUGUUUACCAAUCUUCUUUGUGCUUCAUCUCCAGGGUUACUGUGCCACCCAGUGGAGAUCUCUGAAAGAGCGAUUUGACUCGGGCUUGUAUGCAUCUCACGCUGAUGUUCACAGGCUCAAGUAAGUCCCACCACCAGCUCUGGCUAUUUAGGAAGACUUGAGUCCAGUAAUAGGAAAGCGUUUUCAAUGAGAAUUCAUGUUAACAUUUAUGUCUUGUGCAGGUACCAGUGUUUUAAAUCAGCCUGGAUGUAUGAGGUAUUCCACUCAGGCUUCUCCUUCCCUAUAGACUACAAAAACUUGAGGACUGCCCUCUUAGUCUAUGAUAAAGAGGUGCAAUGGACUCUUGGAGCCAUCCUUUACAGAACCCGCUUUCUGCCUUUAAGGUAAGAGAACACUUGCUGUGUCACACUUCAUCAUGCUUGAACAUUGUGAUAGCCAAUAUAUUUUAGCUGAUUAGGUUAUGGAGAAUAAUGAAAAAUAGUCAAAUGUCCUUCACUCACACUACUUUACUUUCCUCUCCAAGGGAUAUUCAGCAGGAGAGCCUGAAAGGAGUCCACGCCCACUGGCGUCACAGCUUCUCCUUUGUCAACAACCACUACUUGUUUCUGGCCUGCUUCCUGGUUGUCCUCCUGUCCAUCCUGCUCUACUUGCUGCGACUCCGACGUAUCCACAGCUGUACCACGCAGCGCUGCACCCCCUCUACUGUUGAGUGGCUAGAGGAGGGUCUGGGAUCCCCCUCACUCCCUAUCACCCUCUAGACUUCAACUUUCACUCCAAAACCAGUCUUGCCCUCUUCCUUUCCCCAUUUGCCUGCACUUUUAUGUUAAGGCCUUAAUUUGUUAGCUGGUAAUGACAAAAAACACUCAAACUGAAUUGGAUUUUUAAUGAGUCCAAUGAACAGAGACAUCAAAAACAGCACUGGGAGGGACUCUGGUGUGGGAGAUCUUGCAUGUUGAGUUUGCAUACUUGAGUUAGCCAUGAGAUUG